CGCUAAAUGCUGAGACAUUUCGAAACAGUCUGCUGCAGCAAGUGGCAGCUAAAAAGAUUCGUUGCCUGAAGGAAUUUUUAUUUAAUUUCCGCGUAAACAUAUAAACAAGUGCGAGUUCAUUCCGUUUAAUUUUUAUUUUCGAAAAGUGCAUAGUGUUCAAACAAUGAAAUCCUUUGUGUUGUGUUGCGCCGUUGUGGUGUGUUGCUUGGCGCUUGGCGUGCAAGCCGCCUAUUUCUAUGAACGUCCCGCUGGACCGGCUUUUGCGGAGGAAGAUAAAGGACGCGCCGGUCGUUGUGCCGCGCAAUGCUUCUGUGGCACACCGAAUGUCAAUCGCAUCGUUGGCGGCACACAGGUGCGUCACAACAAGUACCCUUGGACGGCGCAACUACUUAAGGGACGCUGGCAUGCGCGUCUCUUCUGUGGCGGCUCGCUGAUUAAUGAUCGCUAUGUGCUGACGGCGGCGCAUUGUGUACAAAAUAAUCGUGAUCAGAUAACUGUACGAUUACUGCAAUUGGAUAGAUCGUCGGGGGAUCCUGGCAUCACUAGAAAGGUCAUCCAAACAACCAUACAUCCGCAAUACGAUCAAACGAGAAUUAUAAAUGACAUCGCCAUCUUGAAGUUGGACUCGCCCGUGCAGUUCACCAGCAGCGUGCGUCCCGUUUGCUUACCCAACAUUAAUCAUAACUUCGACAACAAAGAUGCCAUCGUCGCUGGUUGGGGUCUUGUGAAGGAGGGUGGCGUCACCUCCAAUUAUCUGCAGGAGGCCACCGUGCCCAUCAUCUCCAAUCGUCAGUGUCGUGAGACGCGUUAUAAGAGCAAAAUCACCGACGUUAUGCUAUGCGCUGGACUCGUGAAGACCGGUGGCAAGGAUGCCUGCCAAGGCGACAGCGGUGGCCCAUUGAUUGUCAAUGAGGGCAGAUUCAAAUUGGCGGGUGUUGUCUCCUUCGGUUACGGUUGCGCUCAACCAGAUGCACCGGGUGUUUAUACUCGUGUCAGCAAAUUCAUCGAUUGGAUUAAGUCAAACACACGCGAUGGUUGCUACUGCAGUAGUUGAGUGAUUGAAAGUGUCGACAGUUCCAGCAAAUCAUAUAAAAUCUUUUAAAAUAUAUAUAUAAUUUAUUUUCGAAAA